AAAAGCGACUAAGUCCUUUCUAACACUAGUUCUGGUCCACGACUCUCACUUUCUCUUUCUUCUUUGCGCUCUCAACACCUGCUUAACAAACAGAUCAAUUAGGUCUUUCUUUCUUCGCUGAUCUGACCUCUCAAUCAACUAAACAAACCUUCAAAUUCCUCAAACUUUCACACAAAUUUCAUCUCAAAUCAGCUCAAAAUCGAUACAAUUUCAGCACGAUUCUCCUCCGAUUCCGUCAAUCACGACUAUCAAUUGCAUCUCACUCGUUCGUAAUCGUUCGGUGUUCAAUUAGGUCAAUGUAGUUGUUCAUAGGUUAUGUUACAGAUUGCGGUUGAUUUGUUGAAUGAAGUUAGGAGAAUGAGGUUGAUUAAAGUUAAACCGGUGGAUACUGGUACGUGAAUCUGAAUAUUGUUGUUGUUGCAGACGAAGGAUGAGUUCGGAUGUUAGUAGAACUGGUGGACAGGUUGAACGGGAUAUUGAACAGGCCAUUACUGCUCUUAAAAAAGGAGCUUAUCUUCUCAAGUAUGGAAGAAGGGGGAAACCUAAGUUUUGUCCCUUCAGGUUGGCUAACGAUGAGUCUAUUCUCAUAUGGUUUUCAGGGAAAGAAGAGAAACAAUUAAAACUAAGUCAUGUCACCAGAAUUGUAUCAGGGCAGCGAACUCCAAUCUUUCAAAGGUACCCACGACCCGAGAAGGAGUAUCAGUCGUUUUCCCUGAUAUACAACGAUAGGUCUCUGGAUUUGAUUUGUAAGGAUAAAGAUGAAGCUGAAGUAUGGUUUAGUGGCCUUAAAGCGCUAAUAUCACGUGGCCAUCAGAGAAAUUGGAGAACAGAAUCAAGAAGUGAUGAAAUCCCAUCUGAGGCUAAUAGUCCCAGAACAUACACACAAAGAAGCUCUCCUUUACAUUCUCCUUUUGGUAGUGGCAAUAGCUCACAAAAGGACACUAUCGAUCAUCUCAGCCUUUAUACUCCAUACGGAAGCCCGCCUAAAUACGGUCUAGAGAAAACAUCACCAGACGAGACGUUAUACAAGCUUCCUCCCAAGGGUUUCUUUCCACCUAUUCCCGCCAACGGGUCGACUCAUUCAGUAUCAUCUGGCGGGUCCGACAGCAUGCACAGCCACUUAAGAGGAAUAGGUGUAGACGCCUUCAGAGUAAGCUUAUCAAGUGCAGUCAGCUCAUCAAGUCAAGGUUCGGGUCACGAUGAAGGAGAUGCGUUAGGUGAUGUUUUCAUUUGGGGUGAAUCCACUGGUGAUGGAGUUCUAGGUGGUGGACCCCACAAAGCAAGCAGCUGUUUCGAUAUUAAGAUCGAUUCUUUGUUACCUAAAGCUUUAGAGUCUGCAGUAGUCCUUGAUGUUCAAAACGUUGCUUGUGGUGGAAGGCACGCUGCAUUAGUUACAAAACAAGGAGAAAUAUUCUCAUGGGGAGAAGAAUUGGGUGGUAGGAUAGGGCAUGGUAUCGAGUCAGACGUUUUACAUCCGAAAUUAAUCGAUUCCCUUAGUGCUACAAACAUUGAACUUAUCGCAUGCGGCGAGUAUCACACAUGUGCCGUUACUUUAUCAGGAGAUCUAUACACAUGGGGUGAAGGGCAUUUUGGUAUUUUAGGACACGGGAAUGAAGUCAGUCAUUGGGUUCCAAAGCGAGUAAACGGUCCGUUAGAAGGGAUCCACGUUUCUUCAAUUGCGUGUGGGCCCUGGCAUACAGCUGUCGUGACAUCAGCUGGUCAACUUUUUACUUUCGGUGAUGGAACUUUUGGUGUUUUAGGUCACGGUGAUCGGAAAAGCGUUUCGAUACCUAAAGAAGUUGAGUCACUAAAAGGACUCCGAACCGUACGAGCCGCUUGUGGCGUUUGGCAUACGGCUGCAGUUGUAGAAGUUAUGGUCGGUAAUUCAAGUUCUAGUAAUUGUUCUUCGGGAAAACUGUUUACGUGGGGAGACGGUGAUAAAGGUCGAUUAGGACACGGUGAUAAAGAAACGAAAUUAGUACCUACUUGUGUUGCCGCACUCGUGGAUCCGAAUUUCUGCCAGGUGGCAUGUGGGGAUAGCAUGACUAUAGCACUUACGACUUUGGGUCAUGUGUAUACCAUGGGAAGUCCCGUUUACGGUCAACUUGGAAACCCUAAAGCUGACGGGAAGGUCCCGUUUUGCGUUGAAGGUAAGCUUUUAAAGAGUUUCGUAGAGGAAAUAGCUUGUGGGGCCCAUCACGUUGCGGUUUUAACUUCAAGAACAGAAGUUUUCACUUGGGGAAAAGGAGCUAAUGGUCGAUUAGGUCAUGGAGAUAUCGAAGAUAGAAGUUAUCCGACUUUAGUUGAAGCGUUAAAAGAUAAACAAGUUAAAGGCAUUGCUUGUGGUACUAAUUUUACCGCAGCUAUAUGUCUUCAUAAAUGGGUUUCGGGAAUCGAUCAGUCUAUGUGUUCUGGGUGCCGUUUACCGUUUAAUUUCAAGCGAAAACGCCAUAACUGUUACAACUGUGGUCUUGUUUUCUGUCAUUCGUGUAGUAGCAAGAAGUCACUGAAGGCAUCUAUGGCACCAAAUCCAAACAAACCGUAUCGUGUUUGCGACAAUUGUGUAAACAAAUUGAAAAAAGCUAUUGAAACCGAUGCGCAAUCUCAGUCUUCAAUAAGUAGGAGAGGAAGCAUAAAUCAAGGGUUAAAUGAGCAAAAAUCGCAAAAGUCGCAAAAUGAAAAAAAUGAUAAUUCGAUUUCGGAAUUACGGUCUCGCCCUCGUCUUGCUAGAUUAGCUUCAAUGGAAUCAUUUAAACCAAUGGAAAAUUAUUCUUCUAGAAGAAACAAGAAACUAGAGUUUAAUAGCAGCCGUGUGUCACCUACUCCUGGAACAACCUCUCAAUGGGGUGGUCUUAGUAUAUCCAAAUCGCUUAAUCCGGUUUUCGGUUCUUCUAAAAAGUUUUUCUCGGCUUCGGUCCCGGGCUCGAGAAUUGUUUCUCGGGCCACAUCACCCGUUUCCAGACGGCCCAGCCCGCCACCUCGGUCCACCACUCCGACACCAACUUUGACUGGACUAUCAUCACCCAAGAUCAUGGUGGAUGAUGCUAAAAGGACAAAUGAUAGCCUCAACCAAGAAGUUACUGCACUAAGAGCACAGGUUGAAAAUCUUACAAGUAAAGUCAAACUUCAAGAAAUCGAGUUGGAACGGACUUCUAAACAACUGAAGGAGGCAAUGGCAAUCGCAUCGGAUGAAAGCUCAAAAUGCAAGGCAGCAAAAGAAGUGAUCAAAUCGCUUACAUCACAACUUAAAGACAUGGCAGAAAGGCUUCCUGUGGGACCCGCACGGGACAUCAAAUCUCCUUCCUUCACUUCUUUCGCCUCCAAUCUCUCUUCCAGUGACGUCUUAUUAAAUGCUUCUGUUGACCAGCCUAAUGCUCAAAGUCAAACAACAUCAUAUAAGGAAGCUGAUUUAAGUGGUUUAAACACCCCAUCAUUAAAUGGAUCAAGCACCAUUGGAAACCGCAGUUUGGGCCAGAACAAAGCAGUUCAACAAGAAGCAACUACAAGAAAUGGUAGCAGAAGCAAAGACGGUGAAGAUGAAUGGGUCGAGCAAGAUGAACCGGGUGUUUAUAUCACGCUCACAUCUUUGCCUGGAGGUAUUAAAGAUCUCAAGCGGGUCCGCUUCAGUCGAAAGAGAUUUAGUGAGAAACAAGCAGAGCAGUGGUGGUCUGAGAAUCGGGCCAGAGUUUACCAACGUUACAACGUACGUUCGGUUGAUAAAUCAAGCGUAGGCGUUUCAAGUGAUGACUUGGCACAGUGACACAUAGACACAUCAUUUGUAAAUGAAUUUUUCCCAGUUAUACUACUCUCUACUUUCGGGUUUCUACAAAGCAAAGAUUGUACUGAUUUGAAUUGUCUGGUUUGCCACAUCAUCUCAUCAUUGCAAGGUUUCCUAUAACAACAAGAGAUUCGGUUAUGAUUCUGCCUUCCGUUUAUCGUGUCCGUUGUUUCCUGCUUUUAAGGUUGAUGAGUUGAUGAAUAUGUAAAUGGAUCCUAGGUUUUCUAGAAAGCUGCUGCUACUCUGUAUAUUCAUAGCUGUCAUAUAUCUUAAAAUCUUGCUGAUUGCUUUUAGUUUGCUAUCAUCUAAUAUUCACUGUUUUUUUUUUU